GUGGGUAAAGAAGAGAGUGCCAGUAAACGCGUAGCAGGAAGUCUGAAGAUCCCGAGGUGUGAAAUUUCAGCGUGAAGCUCAUCAGCACAUUCAGCCUGUGUCUCUGUGAGCAGCUUUAUUUCCCACAGUGUCCGUAUAACCGCUUUGAAGAGCUAGCUAACGCUGCUAAAGCUAACUCCAGAGUCGCUGUCAAACUACCAGAAAUUCCACAACAUGAAAGCUGAAGCGCUGUCACGUGAUUUGGGCACGUGAUCACGAGAAUCUCGGCGUCAGCGCGUCGUCACUGAAAGUCCGGGGUCUCGUCCGAUUUCCGCCGCUCCCUCCGCCAUGGGCACUACGCUGAGCGAACCCUGCAUCUACGACAAGCUCUCGGAGAGCAUCGACAUCCUGCGGCAGUCCGGCUACCGCUACGGCAUGUCCGAGAGCGAGAUCGAGAAGUUCAUCAAGCAGGUCCUGGAGACGAACGAGCCUCGCCGAGAAGCGGCCCAGUUCCCCGUCCUGCGGGCCGCCGGCAGGGUGGUCGUGUGCGUGCUGCUGCUGGUGGUUUUGGCGUUUGCGUACGCUCAGAGUUUGCCUGCGUCCGGCUCGGUCAGCGCAGUGGAGCAGUACAACUGGUCAUCACCUCUGAGUCACAUCCGACUGCUGUCGCUGCCCAUCGCCAAGAAGUACAACCUGCACAGUUUCCAUGCGUGGUGGAGCGUGAGUCACACACUGCUGAACUGUUCUGGAUGUUCCAGCGUUUCUUCAGUACUCGAGCUGUCCACGUUAAUAAACACUGAGCCUGUACACACACACACGCAGCCUGUGUUAGUGAAGGGUGGAGCGUCUCUGUGUUUGCGGAGGCAGCAGUUGGAGGCGCUUCACUCAUCACACUCCGGCUCUCUGACUGUCCUGAUGGAGGAGGAAGAGGAAGUGAUGUCAGAGGUUUUCCCUCAGGGCCCGGCCAACUUCAGCCUUCUCUGGAGGGUCGACUCGGGGUCGAGGGAGGACGUGUUCCAUUCACUCUUUCCUAGUGCACUACUCUGCCCCCUACUGCAGACUGUAGGGAGCACAGUGCAGCGCUGCAGAGUCUCACACAGCACCAGCUCUCAGAGCAGAGGAGAGUGUGUGUUAGGCUGGUUGUUGGUUGGCGACGGCUCUCCCACUGUGCGUGUGUUACCACAUCAGCGCUGCCAAACUCACUGCAGCUCCUUCAACCUGUGGCUUGAACCAGGAGAUCUGGUGUACGCAGACCCGCGGUUCUGGCAGCUGGAGCUGUUCCCCGGCCGAGGAGAGAACGUCGUGUGUGAGGGCUCGGGCGUGUCUGAUUCCAGCCUGCUGCCUUCAGCGCUUCACUGCGUUUAGUUCGUGAGGACGUUGAUCAGAAACAGGACCUGCAGCUGCGCUGGACGUGAAACGCUUCACAGCCCUCCGGCCUUCAUGUUUCCUGUAAAAUGAAUCCUAACUGUAACCUGGAGACGAACAAACUGUAAUUUAUCUCCUUCUGUGACGAGUGAUUUUACUGAUGAGGUGCUGAUCAUCGGGUGUACGAUAUUUAACGCACCGUGAUGUUUAACACACGCUACAUCGUUAUCGCCAGGCUCCGAGCCGCAGGUUAGCGCUUCUGUACGUGACAUUUCUGUGACUGUCGGUAAGAUUUACGUCAUGUGACCAGAGACUGGGAAAAAAUAAACUACAGUCGAAUGGUUUAAUUUACGGAUCAGCGCAAAGCCACGAGAACAAACUCCACUGCACAGCGAGGAUGUUUGGAAUCGAAAAUCAACGUGUCUCGUGUAACUGAUUGUAAAUUAAAAUCACAAGCCUAAUUAUGAUCUCUUAAAUUCAUGAACUCAAGGAGCUCUCACUCACAUUUAUUUUUAUUUUUAAUAUCGACGUCUCGUGUGUCAGUGCCGUCUCUCUGAGUCACACACUCGCUCACACUGCUUCCCCUCACAGCUGUAACACAGUAAAGCACUUUAAGGUGUGUGUGUGUGUGUUCGCAUUAAUCACAUGUUGCUGCUCAGCUUCUCCUUCAUGUUCCAGUAGAGUUUCUAACACACUCUCGUUAACUUGCUCUCCGGAUGCGGUGUGUAACUCCUCUGUCUCCGGUGCAGGGCUUGAGACAGGAGGGUUAAACGUAAACGUUGGAAGGUGGAACAGUCUUUUAAAUAUUUGUUUCCUCACCCACACUCCCACUGCAAUUCCUUUCCGCCCCACUAGGGGCUGUGUCUCACAGUGUGAACUCUCGGACCUGUGUCUCACUCCACCGUCUCACGUGUGGACACUUGGACAACAAGGAGAAGCGGAGACAGCCACCAAGAACACACCUUCUCUCAAGCUGUUCAUAACAAAUCAAACGUUACGUCUUUAAAUUUUUCAUUAUUUCAGAGUAUUUUAUAGGUUUAUUGGCUCGUAAACAGUUUUGCCCACCAUUUUCUUCAUCCAAACAUUAAAUUCUAUCAGAUUUCGUAAUGAUUUCUGCUCCAUGUCGACUCAUUUUCAUCCCAUUUGAUGACUCAUCUAACAACCUUCCCCUGAAACAGUGAUAACGGUGCAAUGAGACGGCCGUUAAUGGCGUCGUGAUUCCUCCUAAGGGAAAUAAGCGAGGGAAUGUCAGUGAGGACGUGUUUAAUAACAGAAUGAGGAGAAGUGGACUAGGGGAAGUGUUAAACACAGCACUGGAACACAACCACACACACAUCAGUAUUAUUAUUGUCUCAUGUUCAUGUUCCAGCUCUGAGGAAAGUUCCUGUAUAAAUGUCCAGUAAAUUUAUAUCCUGUAUGAAUGUGGAUAUUCUUUAGAUAUGAAACAGUUACGCUAAUAUCUGUUAGAAUCUGUAUAAGGCGAUUGGUGUUUAGGAAAACUGCAGGUAUUAAAAAUGUUAAGUAAAUAUAAUAUAUUUAAUAAUGAUAGUUGUGAUUUGGAGUUUAUUAUAAGGUUUUGGAGGGGCAGGUUUUUGGAAAUGGUCUGUUUUAAAAAGGAAAAAUCUAUAAAUAAACACAGAUCUAUGUUUAACAAAA